AUGCAUUUUCCAAUUCUUAAUGGAUCAGCUUUAUUUACAUCUUCUUUUUUUGAAUCUAAAGUCAUUGGAGCUCUUAGAAUUUUUAAUAAUACUAGUUUAAAAGUGUGGAAAAAUUAUCAUGAAAUUUUAGAAGAAAAAAAUAAUAAAUUAGUAAAUCAUACACAACAUAAAAUAAACAACAUUGCCACAGAAGAAACAAUUGAUGAUACAACUUCAAGUAAUCAAAGUGAGCCAAGUAAGCCAAGCAAGCCAAGUAAGCCAAGUGAGCCAAGUGAACCAAGUGAGCCAAGUGAACCUGUUAAUGCAACUACAACAAUAGAAGGUAAAAAAAGAAAAUACACAAAAAAAAAAUAA